AUGAUGAUAGAAACAUUUGUGUUUUUUGAUAUAGAAGCUACAGGACUUCCCCAAUUUGAAAAGAAUAGAACUAAAAUUACAGAAUUGACCUUUAUUGCUGUAGCUCGAAUGGAUAUCGAGACAAGUGAAUGUUUACCUCUCAUGAAUAAGUUGUCUUUACUUUUCAACCCAGAAAGGAAAAUUCAAAAAGAAGCUUCAAGGAUCACAGGUUUAACAAAUAACAAUUUAAAAAAUCAACCUAUAUUUAAAGAUAAAAUUCAAACAAUAAAUACUUUUCUGUUAGAACUCAACCAACCGGUGUGUCUGGUUGCUCAUAAUGGCAACAGGUUUGAUUUUAAAGUACUUAAAGCUGAAUUUUGUGACGCAGGCCAGGAUUUGCCAUCCCACCUACUUUGCUUAGAUUCACUGACAGGUUUUAGAAAGAUUGCUAAAGAUAGUAUGAAUAUUUGUAGUAAAGUUCCUUCAAGCUCCAGUAAAAAUAUUACUCUAAAAACAAAUAAAACUCUAGAAACAAAUAUUACAACUUCUUUAAAAGUUGAUGAUUUACUAACUGAUGAUGAUGAUGAUUGGCCACAGCUUAACACAAGCACUGAAAUAUGGGAAGAAAUUGACAAAUUAUCGUUAAAUGAAUGUCCUGUGAAUAAACCAAAGACAACAGGGAAAGUGUCGUGUCAAUUAACUGCUUUAUACAAAAGAUUUUUAAAAAAAGAGCCACUUACCUCACACAGAGCAGAAGCAGACUGCAUUAUGUUAUUAGAAUGUGUUACUACAACCAAACAGAGCUUUUUACCAUGGGCUGAUAAAAAUUGUAAAUUAAUUAGUGAAAUUAAGCCUCUAAUACGUAGUUAA